AUGUCCAUGCUGCUUUCCGGCGCAGCGCCACAGAAGGGGCAGGACGUGCACUUGCUGGUCACAGGAAAAGACUCAGAUGGGCACUUCGCAUCGACACCCUUGCAGAUCCAUGUGACGGACACCAGUGACUGGGCAGACUGGGACAACUCGUUUGGCAUCUGUUUGGUUCUGCGCAGUGUAUGCUUUUUUAGUGGAUCAUGUCCUCGGGUUGAUGACUACUGUGUGACUGUAUGA